ACAAGGUUAACAUAUCAUCACAUAUACACUGAACCCUUGGGUGAUAAACUCAAACCUUGCCAGUGUUGGGGGUAACGAGUUACAAAGUAACGGAUUACAGUAACGAUAUUACUUUUUUGGGUAACGAAGUAAAGUAACGCAUUACACUAAUAAUAUUGGUAACUACACUACUUUACUAGACUAUAGGAACGCGCUUUCCUUCCUUACCCAAGCCGCGUUUGCCUGUGUGUAAAGUUCUCUCUGUUUAAGUGGUGCGUGCAUGCGUGUGCCUGUAUGUGCCGUUGCCAUAGAGAUCGAUUUGACGUAGCUGCUGGAGCGGGAAAUGGAGAUGAAGACAGGGGGUUUCAGCAGGUUUCGGCAUAACACCGGUGUGAUGAGAACGUUCAAUACGCUAAAUUCAAACCUGCUUUCCCGCUGCUGGCGCUGAGCCAGAGAUUGACGCGCUCUGUGCUUUUCAUAUUUCACAACUAAGUUUUCAACCACAUGUUUAUUUGAGGUUUCGGACGUUUGAAUGAGGACUAGGCUAUAAAAAAAGACAUUUAUAGUUUGUUAAAUGCUGAUUCCAUACACUCAUAUGGAAGCUGCAAUAAUCCUUUAAAGUUUACUCUCUUAUUAAAAAUUGAAGAAUUUAUGUAAUGUAAAUCCGACAGAUCCUCUGUUUUAUCAACUAACAUGAUCAUUAUAAAGGUGUUUAAACAAAACACAUUCACUUCCACAUAUAUGACAAUCGGAAAAUAUCAUAUAAUUCAUGAUAUAGCCUAGUUAACAAGUUUGUGAAUAUUUUAAAUAAAAAAGGAAAAACAAAAUAAACGCGAUACCUGUAGCUUGGCUGCAUGACGCGUCGCCAAGGAAUGAAUGUAAAUAAUGUUCUAAAAAAAAAACAGGGUUUCCCAAACGGGGGUUCGCGAGGGAAUUACAAGUUGAUGACAAGCAAUUAAUUAAAUUAUAAUUAAAUCAUUACAAAUCAAACAAAUAGACUAAAUAAUAAUCAAAUAAAAAAAAAAUUUAAAUUUGGCAACAAAACUUAAUAUUUUAUUUCUUUAUUUUGCAUGUGACCAUUCAGUUUUACAGAACUGAACGCGUCUGUGCUCAAUUCAAAGUGGGCUGAACGAGAGUCGCACCUCACCCAUUUCGCCUCACCUUUGACUGAGCGCCUAGCUCAGGACUGUCAUUUUAAUUGUAAUCGUUAGCAUCGUAUCACUUGCCAAAACCCCCCAUUACUAUAAUGGGUUUUUAGAUGGUAAUGUUAGCAUCUGCUAUUAAUUUGAAUAACGCUUCAACUGCUUGAAUUGACUGGUGUGAAGGACUUAGCCCACAUAAACCUGCCAGUUAGCAUUCUUGAAUUGAAUGGGAAGUGUUAUAUUCUUAACAAGGAUUUUCUAACGGUAAAUGUAUCAGAUUAAAUUCCAACUUAAUUAAAAGUAGAAAGUAUCCAUAGCCGUAGCCGUAAAAUGUGCAUGGGUUAAAAGUAAAAGUAUUUAUGAAGAGUUUAAUGUACAGGUUUUUUUAAUCCUUUGACUCAAAACAGGUCUAACCACUAACUGAGGUCUAAACCAGGACUAAACCAAGACUAAACCAGGAAGUACAGAUACAGACUCUAAAAUGUAGUGAAGUAAAAGUAAAAAGUAUUCAUCAUAAAAUUUACUUCAGUAAAGUAAAAGUACCUAUAAUUUGUACAAUGCAUUCUGAUAUAGGUGACAAGAUGCCUGUUAGCAUGAUGUUAAACUUUUUUUUUUUUUUUCUUUUUUCAACAUUGGCAGAGACACCCUGGCUGAUAUAGUCAAACACUAUGAGGAGAAUGGGGCAAGACCACGUUUGAAGAAGAAACACUGACUGCCACGUCCAUCAGGCCUGAGGAUAUCAACAGAGUUGUGGACUUCAUAAAAAACUAUGCAGAAGACAAUGCCAUCAUGCUGCCUGGCCGACAGCCUGGGCAUAAGGAUUGGCAUGUGAAGUUGCUGCCAACUCAUGUGUCCAAGGCCUCAGUGUGGCGUCUCUACGUGAAGUCUGCUAAGGAGCUUGGUGAGCGUGCAGUUUGUAAAACCAGCUUCAAAGCACUGUGGCACCGACUUCUCCCACACAUCAAAAGUUGCCGGCCGCACACAGAUCUCUGCUGGCAGUGCCAAAGCAAUAACGAGCAGCUGAUAUGAAGUGCAAACCUCCCAGAUGAUAGAAAGUCUGAAGCAGUAAAGAAGCAGAAAGAUUUGUGCAGAAAGAUUUGCUCUGGCUCUAACCUGUCUUUUGGACCGUCCCUACCAGCAAGCAAGAAGAUUAGGAUGCAUUACAGUUUUGAUUUUGCUCAGCAGUUACACUUUCCCUCAAACCCUCUCCAGCCAGGACCAAUGUACUUCCUGACCCCACGGAAAUGUGGCCUAUUUGGUGUUUCCUGUGAAGGGCUGCAGAAACAGGUGAAUUACCUGAUUGAUGAAGGCAUGUCAUCUACUAAGGGAAGCAAUGAAGUCAUCAGCUACAUGCAUCAUUUCUUCGGCAACUUUGGAGUUGGAGAAACAGAGGUGGAUCUUCAUUGUGACAACUCCAGUGGGCAGAACAAGAACAACUUCAUGCUCUGGUACCUUGCCUGGCGGGUUAGACACAAGCUUCACGAUAAAAUUGAAAUCCACUCCCUUAUUGCUGGCCACACCAAGUUUUCCCCUGACUGUGGCUUUGGACUCAUCAAGCAAGCCUACAUGGAGACAAGAGUCAACACUUUGGCAGACAUCGCUGAGGUUGUGGAAAACAGCUCUCCUGUGAGUCACCUCAAUAUCCCACAGCUUGUUGGAACGGCAGAGGGCAAAGUUUUAGUCCAGACCUUCGACUGGCAGCAGCAUCUGACUCACCACUUCCGUAGACUCCCACAGAUCAAGAGUUAUCAGCACUUCAGCUUUGAUGCCAAGAGACCAGGUGUGGUGCUUGCAAAAACUCACCGUGAUGCACAACCUGUCGAAUAUCAGCUACUGCGCGACGGAUCAGAUCUGCCCCCUAUCGAUGGUCUUUCUGUCCUGGCCCCACCUGGACUGAACAUUGACAGGCAGAUCUGUAUGAAAAAAUCAGGCCAUUCUGUGCUGACGGUGCAAGAUACAUCACAUGCCCAGCGCCAAGGGUCACAACACAGAAGAGACCGCGAAUGUAAUAUCAUUGGACUGUGUCACAAAGACCUUUGUCUUAUGCUGCUAUUACCAAGUAAAAAUGGGACUUUUGGUACAUACUUGGAUUCAUACUCAUGCCCUGGAUAGUUUUUGAAAAUAAACAUAUAUAGAUACAGAUCCUUGAAAGUGCUUGAAUUUAUUUUGUGCAAGAAGUUUUCUGGAAGAAAUUCCAUAUUAUUCUCUCCGGUCAAAUAAUGUGUUAUUUCGCCAACACUUUUUGGACUAUG